AAUAGGAUCUCUAUUCUAGAAGAAAAGAGGAGGCAACAAGUUUAUUCCAUUUACAUUACUUAUGUACAACUCAAGAAUCACGAGACACAGAGAAACAAAACAAGCAAGCGAAUCAACCAAUUACAAUCGAGAACUUCAAGACGAUCGUCUCACGAUUGGUCGAGUUCAUUUCUGUCGUUCUUUAAUUUUCGUUGAAAAAUCGCUGUUGACUAGUGUUGACUGUCGCGUUGUUGUUAACUGUACAAAUUUAUUUUUCGACGAAUGAUUAAAUGACGUAGCACGAAUAAUUUCAGACUCUGUUUAUAUGCACGUAAUAUAUUUUGCCGCGUGUGUUGUUCUUUUUUUGGAAAAAAGUUUGCAUUGAGCUCCCAUCAAAGUUAGGUUAAUUUCAAGUCAAUAAUGUUUGCCACACGUGUUGUUAAAUAUCUUUCUAAAUACUUAUAUCACGGAGCUCGGCGUUUAAUCAAUGAUCAUGCAAUUUCGACACCGACGGAAGUGCGAAAUGAAGGUAGAAAUGAAAAUCACAUUGUCUGGCUCGAUAUGGAGAUGACAGGGCUAGAUGUAGAAAAAUGUCAUAUCUUGGAAGUUGCUUGUUUUAUAACUGAUGAACAGUUAGAGCUUGCUAGUGAUUAUCUGAACAUCGUUGUGCAUCAACCAGAUGAAAUCUUAGAGAAUAUGUCUGAUUGGUGCAAACUGUAUCAUAAAAAGAAUGGCUUGAUCCAUGAUUGUCAACAGAGCAAAGUAACACUGGAGGAAGCUCAAGAAAAAACGCUAAGUUUUUUAAAGAAUCAUGUACCAAAAGGAACAUGCCCGUUGGCUGGUAACUCGAUUUACAUGGAUCGCAUAUUCCUAAAAAAAUACAUGCCAUUGGUCGAUGAUUACUUGCAUUAUAAAAUUAUCGACAUUAGCACAAUUAAAAAUUUGGCAAUGAGAUGGCAACCGAGCAUAAGUAAAACAGCUCCAAAAAAACUACGUUACCAUAGAGCUUCAUACGACAUAAAAGAAAGUCUAUAUGAACUCCGUUACUAUAGAAAACAUUUAUUUGUAUCACAAACUCAAAGUUAAAAUAAAAAUAGAUCAUUCAUCUUUCGUGUUGAUUAAGUAACCUAUAUAUUUGUAUAUUUAUAUAAAAUGCAGGUAAAUGCUCAAGAUAUACCUUUUCAAUAGAACAAUUCCUUACUAUUUUGUAAGAGUAGUUUGUUGUUGUUUUGUAGUCUCUAAGAGAAUAAAUUUACACAAAAGUCUAAA